AUGACGACGCGCCCGGCGUCGGAGGUGUCCCGCGAGUACGACUGCGCCAUCUGCCUGUCGACGCCCGAGGGCCAGGUCCACCAGUGCCGCAACGGCCACCUCUUCUGCGCCGAGUGUUUGACGGAGCACCGGAACAAGCACCGGGGCACGCAGUGUCCGACGUGCCGCGUCGCGCUCCCGAGCGAGCCCAUCCGGAACCUCGUGGCGGAGAACGCGAUCGCGCGGCGGCCGACGGUCUGCGCCUUCUGCAACCUGAACACGACCGUCGGCGAGCUGCGCGCGCACGUCGGCCGGUGCCCGAAGCGGAAGGUGCCCUGCGUCGCCGCGGGCGACGGCUGCAUGUGGAACGGC